AUGUGGUCCGAUUUGCAAGAAGCUCCUUACACUGUUCGUCAAAGUGUAGAGAAGACAGAUCAGUCUGAUCCGGCGGUCACUGCAGAUGAACAGGAGAAAAGGACGGAGGCUGCAAGUAAAGUCCUGAAGAGCUCAGCAGGAAAACAGAGAUCAUACGUGUUCUCAGCUGCAAAGAAAUAUGAUUCGACUUCAGAGAACCCAGAAAGUUCACCGCCCAAGUCUUUUGUUGCCAAAAGGGUAGUUAUUAGUGACGAUGAAGACAACCUGCCACCUCUGAAAGAAAGCCUGGAGAUGAGCGUAGAUGAACCGGCAGCUUCAGUCAAAAAGUCUGUCUCAUCAAAGACUCAAGUCAAACCACAGCCCGCACCUAAACAGAGUAUCUAUGAGCCGAUUGCUGCAGCCACUAUUGUUGCUCCUGUUGCUACUCUAAAGCAAACGUCUACAACACCUGACACCACUCCAAAACCAAGUGCCACCAUACCGGUCGCGCCACCUCUACCAACAGCAAAGGAAGUCCCACCUACAGCACCUGUAAUCAAACCUAAACCAGAGGCCACGCCUAAACCAAGUGUUAAACCAAAGCCAGAGGAGAACAGCCGGCUGAAUGACGAUGAUCUGCUGGGUUUGAAUGAAAGCACUUCACAGAAAUCGGUGGACCCCGUGCCCUCGGGUUCAGACCUAAUAGAAACUGGCAGCUUUCUUCCCAAGGGUAAGAAGACCAAAGCAUCACUGGACCUGCUUGCGGUGGACGUCAUCCCCAUCGACACCAGCACUGACAAACUAAUCUCUGGUAGAAGAACUACCACAGUGGAGACAACGAAAACUGUGGUGCAGACAAAGAAGGAGGUGAAAAGCUCUUCGUCCUCAUUAGUGAAGACAGGCACUUCUCAAGACCUGCUGACAUUUGAUGACAAUCCCACUCAAAACAACAAAGACAAAACACAAAGCAAGAUGGAGACGACCAAAACAACUUGGACGACAGAGACCAAGAGCUCUCUGCCCUCAUCCAAAAAGACAAGUACAUCUCGGGACCUGCUGGCAUUUGAUGCCAUUCCAAUCGACACCAACACAGACAAACUGAGCCAGGACAAAAAGAGAAGCACCACAGAGACGACAACAACCACCAGGGUGACGACGAAGAAGAGCUCCGCUGAUCCGUUCGAUCCGAUUCCAGCGGCAGCCGAGACUACAAAGAGUCCAGUAGAGCUCUUCGAUCCUCUCCUGUCUGAUAGCAAAAAGGACCAGCAGUCGACCGUCUCAGUCACGUUCGAGCAGAAAUCGUCUACGAGCAGCUCACCAUGGUCCAAAUGGGCAAUACCUACUAUGGAUACGGAGGAAAGCGAGCCAGCGGUUCCAGACCCACAACCACUGGAUACAACUUACACAUAUACCAGCAAAACAGUGUACAGCAACAACAGCCCCCCAGAGCCCGAAUUUGACUCCAGAAAGAGUGUGGUUUACGUCAAAUCGUACGUGAACAUGUCUGAGCCGCCCAGUUACAGCAGCAGCCGCUACAACAACUCAAGCGACUUUGAUUUCGUGACCUCCAGCACCUCCAGCUACGCGUACAGCAGCCCCCCCAGCGCGGAGGUUAUGUCCAACUGCACGUACUGCGGCAAACUCGUGGGAAGCGACUCCAAGAUCACCAUCGACCAUCUCAACAUCUCCUGUCAUCCCGAGUGCUUCAAGUGUGGUAUCUGCAGCAAGCCGAUGGGUGAUUUUAUCCACAGCAUGUUCCUGCACCGCGGGACGGUCCAUUGUGAGAGCUGCUACGAGAACGUCUUUUAAGAUCCGAUUUCUGGACUGAUUAUUCCUCCUGCAUGACUCUGUAAAAAGUCUUGUGUCAUUUUAAGUCUAACGUUGUGUUUUUUUAUCUGAACAGAAAGUGCUCGUGCUAAUUAAAUUCUUCUGCGUUUCGCAUGUGCUCUCAUACUUUGCUGUACAAAUUGUCUGAUUAGAUGGAGCUGUGGUUCUGAGUACCGCUGGUGUACCACCUUGGACAAUUUGCUGCUGUGGGCACUGAUUAUAUGGCCAAAAGUAUUCGGACA